AAGAGAGCAGAAAGAGAGGAAGUAGGAGAGGAAAUAAGAAAGGAGGAGAGAAACCGGUCAGGGAAUGAUAAAGCUCUCAUCUCUACAGCUGGCCUGCCUUUUGCCCAUGGCUACUGUGGAAAAAAUCUCUUUAAAAUACGUUUGGAUGUCAUUGCGUGACAUUGUCAAAGAUAAUGGAUAAUCAAUCACCGUGGUAACUGGAGUCGAUGGAGAGCGGCUCAUUGGCCCUUUGGUGUCUCACCAUGGAGAUGGGGGAGGGGUCAGGUUUUUGGGGGCCAGGAAUGAGAUGACAUGUUAACAGAUGUGUAAGAUAAUUUUCAAUAUGUACAACAGGCGAGAUAAUGUAAUAGUCAUACACACGCCUGUAUCGCCUGUGCUGCUCCUGAAAGCAGAGAGGAGGGUCUGGGCUUUAAGGAUUAGACUUAAAGGACAGGCUCCAUUUAUUAAGGUAAUUUAUUUGUUCACAGUGCAACAUGCACGCUCAUUUACAGCACACUAGGGCUGCGUGAUAGGGCCAGAGGAUUUUAGGCUUGACUCUGACCUUGACUUUAACCCAUUAAAAUAUUAUAAUCAACUGUAAAUUACAAAGUAAUACAGGGUUAUGAGGCCCAUGAAGUGGAACGUAUAACAAAUUGAAAUCUAAAAUAAUAGGAGGACAAACCUGGACAAAACUGACAGUGAAGUAGUUAUAUUUGUAGAACAUUGCAUAGGAAUCUAAAUCCUCUUUUGUAGACUCUACUCUUGUGCUUGAUCAAUGAUUUCCAUUUGCAUAGUUAUUUGCUGAAUUCCAGCAUUCACUUCCAGCAUUUUAAUUAAUUUCUUAAUUUCCUGCACUAACGUAUCAUUUACAUACUGUCAAAUCAAAUCAAAUUGUAUUAGUCACAUGCACCGAAUACAACUUACAGUGAGAUGCUUACUUACGAGCCCCUAUCCUACAAUGCAGUUUAAAAAAAAAGAAGGAUAUGAAUAAGAAAUAAAAGCAUCAAGUAAUUAAAGAGCAGCAGUACAAUAACAAUAGUGAGACUAUAUACAGGGGGGUACCGGUACAGAGUCAAUGUGCAGGGGCACAGGUUAGUUGAGGUAAUAUGUACAUGUAGGUAGAUUUAUUAAAGUUUACCUUUAUUUAACCAGGCAAGUCAGUUAAGAACAGAUUCUUAUUUUCAAUGACGGCCUGGGAACAGUGGGUUAACUGCCUGUUCAGGGGCAGAACGACAGAUUUGUACCUUGUCAGCUCGGGGGUUUGAACUCGCAACCUUCCGGUUACUAGUCCAACGCUCUAACCACUAGGCUACGCUGCCGCCCCAAAGUGACUAUGCAUAGAUGAUAAAACAGAGAGUAGCACCGGUGUAAAAGAGGGGGGCAAUGCAAAUAGUCUGGGUAGCCAUUUGAUGAGGUGUUCAGGAGUCUUUAUGGCUUGGGAGUAGAAACUUUUUAGAAGCCUCUUGGACCUAGACUUGGCGGUCAGGUACUGCUUGCCGUGAGGUACACCUGACACCUGAAACCCCACCUCUUUAAGGAAUACCUAGGAUAGGAUAAGUAAUCCUUCUCACCCCCCUUUAAGAUUUAGAUGCACUAUUGUAAAGUGACUGUUCUACUGGAUGUCAUAAGGUGAAUGCACCAAUUUGUAAGUCGCUCUGGAUAAGAGCGUCUGCUAAAUGACUUAAAUGUAAAUGUUAAGUGUAGGUAGCAGAGAGAACAGUCUGUGACUAGGGUGGCUGGAAUAUUUGACAAUGGCACCACAUGGCCAGGUCUAUGACCUCCUCCCUAUAGGCAAACUUAAUGAUGGUGUUGGAGUCGUGCCUGGCCGUGCAGUCAUGAGUGAGCCGGGAGAACAGGAGGGGACUGAGCACGCACCUCUGAGGGGCCCCUGUGUUGAGGAUCAGCAUGGCGGAUGCGUUGUUACCUACCCUUACCACCUGGAGUGUCCUGUCAUGAUGUCCAGGAUCUAGUUGCGGAGAGAGGGGUUUGGUCCCAGGGUCCUUAGCUUAUUGAUGAGCUUUGAGGGCACUCUGGUGUUGAACGCUGAGCUAUAGUCUAUGAAUAGCAUUCUCACAUAGGUGUUCCUUUUGUCCAGGUGGGAAAGGGCAGUGUGGAGUGCAGUAGAGAUUGCAUCGUCUGUGGAUCUGUUUGGGCGGUAUGUAAAUUGGAGUGGGUCUAGGGUUCCUGGAAUAAUGAUGUUGAUGUGAGCUAUGACCAGCCUCUCAAAGCACUUCGUGGCUACAGAGAUGAGUGCUAUGGGUCGGUAGUCAUUUAGGCAGGUUACCUUAGUGUUCUUAGGCACAGGAACUAUGGUGGUCUGCUUAUAACAUGUUGGUAUUACCGACUCGGACAUGGAGAGGUUGAAAAUGUCAGUGAAAACACUUGCCAGUUGGUCAGCGCAUGUUCGCAAUACACCUUGUGAAUGUUGACCUGUUUAAAAAUCUUACUCACAUCGGCUGCGGAGAGCGUGAUUACACAGUCUUCUGGAACAGCUGGUGCUCUCAUGCAUGUAUCAGUGUUAUUUGCCUCAAAGCGAGCAAAGAAGUAGUUUAGCUCGUUUGGUAGGGUUGUGUCACUGGGCAGCUUGCGGCUGUGCCUCCCUUUGUAGUCUGUAAUGGUUUGCAAGCCCUGCCACAUCGAAUGAGCAUCAGAGCCAGAGUAGUACGAUUCGAUCUUAGUCCUGUAUUGACACUUUGCUUGUUUGAUGGUUCGUCGGAGGGCAUAGUGGGAUUUUUUAUAAGCUUCCUGGUUAGAAUCCCUCUCGUUAAAAGCGGCAGCUCUAGCCUUUAGCUCAGUGUGGAUGCUACCUGUAAUCCAUGGCUUCUGGUUGGGGUAUAUACGUACGGUCACUGUAGGAACGACGUCAUUGAUGCUCAUAUUGAUGAAGCCAAUGACUGAUGUGGUAUACUCCUCAAUGCCAUCGGAGGAAUCCCGGAACAUAUUCCAGUCUGUGCUAGCAAAACACUCCUGUAGCUGAGCAUCUGCUUCAUCUGACCACUUUUUAUUGAUCUAGUCAUUGGUGUUUUCUGCUUAAAUUUUUGCUUGUAAGCAGGAAUGAAGAGGACAGAAUUAUGGUCAGAUUUGCCAAAUGGAGGACAAGGGAGAGCUUUGUAUGUGUCUCUGUGUGUGAAGUAAAGGUGGUCCAGAGUUUUUUUCCCCCUCUGGUUGCACAUUUAACAUGCUGAUAGAAAUUUGGUAAAACAUAUUUAAGUUUCCCUGCAUUAAAGUCCCCGGCUACUAGGAGCGCCACCUCUGGGUAAGCCUUUUCUUAUGGGGGAAUACAGCUCAUUCAAUGCUGUCUUAGUGCCAGCCUCUGACUGUAGUGGUAUGUAAACAGCUACGAAAAAUACAGAUGAAAACUCUCUAGGUAGAUAGUGUGGUCUACAGCUUAUCAUGAGAUACAAUAGCUAGAGACGUCCUUAGAUAUCGUGCACCAGCUGUUAUUUACAAAAAUACAUAGUACGCUGCCCCUUGUCUUACCAGACGCCACUGUUCUAUCCUGCCGGUACAGCGUAUAACCUGCCAGCUGUAUGUUGAUAGUCACGACUCUGUGAAGCAUAAGAUAUUACAGUUUUGAAUGUCAUGAUCGCAGUUUAAUCAUGCGCGUAGGUUUAUUCUCCAAAGAGUGCACGUUUGUAGCAGAAUGGAAGGCAGUGGGGGUUUAUUCGAUCGCCUACGAAUUCUCAGAAGGCAGCCCACCCUCCGGACCCUUUUUCUCCUCCUCCUCUUCACGCAAUUCACGGGGAUCUGGGCCUGUUCCUGAGAAAGCAGUAUAUUGUUUGCGUCAGGCUUGUCAGACUCGUUAAAGGAAAAAAAGGAUUCUGCCUGUACGUGGUCCCCGUCUGAGAUCAAGAGAGCGGAAAGGCGCCACAGAGAGAACCUCCCCCAGGCCUGCCGACAGACACACAUCCCAAACAUCCACAGCCACGGAAUGCGUCAACAUCACUGUGGUGGUGAAAUCUCGCUGACUCCUCACUCCUCGCCGCUCACUGAAUAAGCCUGUACCGGGCAUUCUGGGAGCAUCCAGUGUUCACAGGCACACAGGAAUGGCAGCGAGGGCCGGGUGAGAGCCCCCAAAUGGCUCCCGUCAUGGCCACAUUUUCUGUGUAUUAGUGACUUUUUACACUGUGGAUAAGGGAUGACUUUACAUUGGGCCCAUGGAUUCCAGUAUCUGUAAAGACUAGAACCUGCCCAUGUGCAUACUUACCUCUUAUCAAUAUCUGAAAGUACAGUACCUGAUGACCUAGUGGACCUUGUUAUUCCCAGUAGCAGUGCUGAACCAUACGAGGGGAUCCUAGUAUUGAACAUGACUCAUGGGGAGGAGCCUGGCCCUGAGACACACACGGAUUCAGCUGUUCUAACUUAUCUGGAAGGUUUACUGAUGCAUCCCGUGGCGUCUGGGCCUGGGGCCACGGCAACCCGGAGAUCAGAGGCUGCCCGAGUGCACGGCAACCAGGUGGAGCAAGUCAACAAGAUGGCCCGACCCUUCCAGAUGCCCAGCCACGGCCCCGCCAUCGCCACUGUUCAGAAGGCCGGGAACGGCCCUGCCCUGCACCAUGGGGUCUCCCAGAACCUGAAGAAGGCCCGGCUGCUCCGCUCAGGGGCCUGGAAUGAGCCUGGAGCCCAGAGGCUGAGCUCCCCCCCUGUGGAGCUGCCCAGCCAGGGGGGUGGAGGAGACCUGCAAAACGGGGCCUUGGAGGGCUCUCCUCAUGCUGGGGAGAGCACCCUGCUGGCCUCCCUGCUCCAGUCCUUCAGCUCCAGACUGCAGAAUGUAGCCAUGUCGCAGCAGUCCACCAAACCCCCCAGCGAGCACUCCCCGCCCACUGUGCCCCCUCCUGCUGCAGACAAGGAGCGGCUCGCCUGCUACGGCAUGGCCUCCAGCCGCCUCAAGGGCCUGAUGAGGAAGAGCAAGAUGCAGAACCACAGUAACACGCCUUACAGCCGGCGAGGCCACGGCCACGGCCAUAGCCAGGACAGGCCCUCUGAGCCUCCCUGCUCGGUACAGAGCAGCACCCCUCCUUCUACCCCUACCGCUUCUACUGCUUCCACUGAUGCUCAGUCCUGUGCAGAACGGCUCAAGGCUGUGGCCAACCUGGUAAAGAUCCGUUCCAGCCCUGCCCCCUCGCCCAAGCCCAGUGUGGCCUGCAGUCAGCUGGCCCUGCUGCUCUCCAGUGAGGCCCAUCUGCAGCAGUACAGUAGGGAGCAUGCACUCAAGGUCCAGCAAUCGGGACACUCGGCCAGCUCCAGACUGGCCGCCAUGGCAACGCAGCAGACCCAGGACAUGAGGCCGCCCAGUGUGGGAGAGGCUCCGCCCACCAGCACCACCACCGUUGCCCUAGACACGCAAAGCUCCUUAACUGCCCAAAACAGAAUAGCGACAACAACACUCCCCCGCCUGGCUCUAAACUCUAGCUCAAAGCAGCGAAGCCCCUCCUCCAUGCUGCCAGCCCACAGCUCACCCUGCCCCACCCCUCUUCCUCUGCCCCUCAACCCCCAAACCCACACCGACACCCAGACCCAACCUCGAACCCCCACAAAUGAGAAACGUGGCUUUGACUCGCGCCACGCCAGGCCCCCCCAGACCUGUAGCAGCCUGCUCCUGCUUCUCCUCAACAACCACAACAACCAGAAGCAGCUGACUAAGAACGGGCACCUGGAGGACGACUGUGGGGUCCUGCCCCCUAGCCGUGGCUCCUCAGUCACCUCCGACAGCGAGUGCUCUGUCCAGGAGAAGGCCCUGGCCAAGAGAGAGGAGAGCUGCAGCGACGCAGAGAGCUCCUAUUCCAGCUGUUCUCCCAUUGACCUAUCUAUAAGGAGCAGGGCCAGCACCAGAGCCCCAGAGACCAGGCCUAAAGCCACCUCCCCCUCCACCUCUGUUUCUUACUCUUCCUCUUCUACAGCUUUCUCCUCCAGCUCUUCUUCUGCUAUCUUCUCCUCUGCCCCUACUGUUUUCUCUUCCUCCACUGCUUUCUCUUCCUCCUCUACCGUUCUCUCACCUUCCUCCACUGCUUUCUCUACCUCCUCUACCAUUCUCUCCUCUUCCUCCACUGCUUUCUCUUCCUCCUCUUCCUCCUCCUUAGACAAACUCACUGAGUCCUUGCUAAACAAGUGGAAGCCAGAUCCCUCCGGUUCGAAGGUCCCCCAGGUUAAGAAGGAGAUUGAAAUGAGCCCAGACCUUAAGUCCCACCCCAGGGUCACUCUCAUGCAGCUCCUUCUGGAGCGCAAGAAUAACGACAAGGUAAACAAAAUUUUGGUUAAUCCAGAUUUGCAGCAUGACGCAACCCUGUCCAGUCUGUCACGGGGCCCACUUAAAUCACUGGUCCCCUGGGAGGAAGUAAGGACACAGAGCCCUCUGGACAGAUCAGGCCUUCCAUUGUACUCUCUCAGCCGAGACCCCAGCAGCACCCCAUCCCCCUACCCCUCUCCCCAUGUCCAGUCCAGCCCUCUGGAUCUGUGUAAGUCUAAACCCUUCCCUGCUGAGAAAGCUGCAGAUGAGCCGGCGUUCAGCGCCAGCAAACUGUUACAGAACCUGGCCCAGUGCGGCACCGCCUCGCCCUCCCCACCCAUGGUUCCCAGCAAAGUACCCAGACGGGAGCUGGAGGUGGGUGGUGGCAGGCCUCUGGCUCUGCUGGAGAGGCUCAAUGCCCCCAUCCAGAGGAACACAACAAUUACCCCCCUCUCAGACAGGCCCUCGGGCAGUGGCACACCGUCGUUCGGUCGCCGGGGGGAGGUGUCGCCCACCUCAUCCCAGAUCGAGAACCUUUUGGAGCGUCGCACAGUACUGCAGCUCCUGCUGGGAGCAAACUCCUCCUCUGCCUCCUCCGUGGCCCCAGCCACCCACAGAGACAGAGACAGAGACAGGUCCGGUGGGAGGUGCAGUAUGGAGACGGCAGCGGGGAGCUGCUAUGAGAAGCCCCCUGGCACCUCUGUCAUCUGUGACAGAUCCAAGGGGCCCUCGGCAGCAGAAUUCAAGGUUAAAACUGAACCGGGGGAAGAGAUUCUAGGCCUGUUGUCCUCUACAGUAUGUCAGGAUGUGACGAGCAGAAAGAGAAGGGGAGGAGGAGGAGGGUAUGACGACAGGCACAGCCCGCUCUCUGAACCCCAGCAGGACCUAAAAAAAGAGCCCAGGCCCACAGAGGUCAUUGCUAAAUAUGGCCUCCUUAGCCAGCUCCUAAAACAGCAGAGCGCCACCUACUACACCAGCGCUAAACAGCCACACACAGAUCGCCGGCCAAGCCCUGUCCCUGUAAAGGAGGAGCAGAGAGACUACCACCACCAGGGACCCUGCCCUAAAAAGAGACGGCUCUGCUCAGAGCUGGCUAUGAGCCUGAACAAUGGCAGUCCUCAGAGGUCCGUGGUGGACAUUGGAAGCAGCCACAGCCACAAUAGCCUGGUCCAAAGCCUGGUCCAUAGCCAGAUACAGGAGGAGCCUGAUUACCACAGGAGCCUCAGGAGCCCUAAUGAGGAGGAGGCCCCAGUCAGGAGCCCCAGCAGUGAAGCUCUCCUCCCCAGGGAGAGCCGGGGCUUCAACGUGCUCAAACAACUGCUCUUGUCUGACAAUUGUCUGAAGGAGCUGUCCCAGCAGCCCCGGGGAGUCCCUAGCCCCUCUGUCCCCUCUGUGCUGCAGACCAACGGCAAAGCCAACGGGAGCAUCCUCAACCUCAAUCAGUCAGGCUACAAUCAACACGACCUCCUCAACCUGCCUACCCUGCCCUGGCACCACCCCCAUAGCUCCCUCAACUCAGGGCCACCCAGCCGCCUCAGACCCCUGCCCACCCCCCAGACAGGGGACAUCAGUCAACGCUCCCCCUGGGGGCGUCACACAGCCCCCCCACCCCGUCAGGACUCGCCCAAACGGUACCCCACCCCGGUGAAACGGGAGCCGGAGAGCCCGGUGCAGUGGGCAGGUCGAGACCUGGAGGAGGAGGGCCGUGACUUGAGCCCAGACUCCCCCCGGCUCACCCGCUCCAACCCCAUCCUGUACUACAUGCUGCAAAAGGGUAGCGCUCAGCUGAGGAGGGAGGGGAGGGACCAGGCGGAGGGGACCCAGGGGUCAGGGCCAGGAGUGAAGGUGAAGGAGGAGCCAGGUAAUGAUGGCCAUGAUGCCUAUGAACACAAACUGAGCUCUGCCACCACCACCCAGCACUCCUCCCUGUCCCCUCCCUACAAUAACGACAAGCACAGCCACAAAAACGACAGGCUGAGCGACUCAUCUGACAAUUGGUAGUUUUAAUGACUUUCAUUAACUAAAAAUAAAAAAUUGCCAAAUAAAUUUGUAGUUAGAUGAGAAGAAAUAACAACAAGGAAUGCAAGAGUGAGGAUUUUGAAUGAAAAGAACCGAGCAAAUGAAUUCAAGGCAUUCUUUUCAUUACUGUAUCAUAAUUAUCGAUGACUCGGUUUACGGAAUGGGUGGUACGAUAUAUCUCUACUUCAACAGAAUGUCAAAUCACUUGCACCAAAAUUAGGUCAUUGUCAAAUUUGAACAUGCCCACUGGUGAUUUCCAUACAGUAUGUAUUUCACAUUCUUAAAUGAAUGAAAGAAAGCACCUUUCAAAGAAGUUGUCUGGUUUUACUCCAAUGAUCUGUGUCUGUAUUGCACACAUAUCACUAUUCUGUGUCCUCUUUGUUGGCACCUGUAAAACAUUGAUCAAGAACAUUUCCAGCUAACUUUAUUAUUGAUGACUCCAAAAAUCACUGCAUCUUUAUUUAUUUUCCCAACAGGAAGUUUUCAGAUAGACAGAGAGCAUACAUUUCUGAUCAAACCCUAAAUAUAGUCAUACCAGGGUAAGCACAGCAGUACAUUAAAACAUACACGAUAGAGACACGUUUAAAGGAAGACCCUGUGAACAAUGUUCAUAAUCAAAUCUACUAAAGGUACCCACAGUUCAAUUCUGUUAGAGGGCUCUGUGUUGGUUGCUCCUGCACCUUCUCCUCAAGACUGAUUGAAUUAUAUGAUCAUCAGUGAGUCGACUCUGUCGACUGACAGACAGGGCUCAUGUGGUCACAACGCAUUGCAUUUUGCUUUGUUAUGUAAUGAACUUGUUGGGGCUACGUUUUGACAGUGCAGAUUGGGGGUGACGUCUUAAUAGAUGGUAAUACAACUGGUAAUACAGCUAUUACUGAAUAGUAGUAGUAGAGGUUAUUUAAAAAACCUUUGACGAGCCUACCUGUGGGACAGUGAGUUGUGGGUGGUUGUAGUAGUUGUAUACCAGUGGAGGCUGCUGAGGGGAGGACCGCUCAUAAUAAUGGCUGGAACUGCGCAAAUGGUAUGGGAUCAAACACAUGGAAACCAUGUGUUUGAUGUUGUUGAUGCCUUUCCACAUAUUCCUCUCCAGCCAUUACCACGUGCCCGUCCUCCCCAAUUAAGGUGCCACCAACCUCCUGUGUUGUAUACAGGUUCUGGGCAACAGUUAAAAUACUGCAGCAUCUGCAUAACUAUUAGUUCCCAAUGAAUUCAAAACGAAUGGUUUUGAAAUAUAAAUGCUUAUUCUGAAAUGUAAAAAAUGCAGUCUAAUUUGAUAUUGUACCCCUGAGUUUGCACUGUCAAAGUUGAGCUGUUGGUGUCCUUAAAAAUAAUAUGUUUAUGGCAUGUAAUGAAAAACUGUCAGUGUUGUUAUCCAUUGAGAAUUUGACCGUUUGUAAAGCUUAUCUUGUGUUUCUUGAUUCUCGUGCUUUUAUAGACACCUUUUACUUUCUAGGCGGUUUCUUAGCUCAUAUUAAAAUGUAAAAAAUAAUUGCAUGGAAAUAAAGAGGAAACCACAGGUACAUUUUAAAGCAGCUGGAUAUGACGUGAACCUGUCACCCAAUAAUCAUUGAGACAUUGUUGGUGUUUUGAGGGCUUAUCUGAUCUCUAGCUCGUUAUUUGGAUUGUACUGUAUUUGAUCCGUUUCUGGUUUCAGUUUCCCACACUGCUGUCAUCCAUUUAGUCUUACAUGUGAUCUUUUUUAAUACACAUACAUAUGAAGUACAUAUUCAGUACGUUUCUUCUAUUAUUAAUAGAUUUUCACAAUGGUUAAAUAUAUUUGUGUAAAUAGUACUUUCAUUAUGAAAGAUAACUAUUUUGUAUUGGUGAAGAAAAAUAUAUUACCCUAGUUUUUAAUGCCCGGAAAAAUGUAAAUAUGAAUUCUAUGCGUAAUAGUGUACAUACAUACAAAUGACAGAGGUUGCUAUGCCCAUUUUUUGGUUGGUUUGUUCUUUGCAUGUGUCUCUAUGUGGUAAAAUGAUAAUCUAUCCUGCGCUGUGUUGUGUAAUACUGUCUGACUCUCCUCACUGCUGCCUGUUGCAUGCAGACGCAUGGGAACUACCUGUGUAUCCCUACUGGUGAUGGGGCAAACAAAAUGUCAAGUCUUAAAAUAGGUCUUUUUAUCACAGAGAGAGAGACGGUCAUUUAGAACAUGAACAGUCCCUAAAUAACCACAGACUGUUGAGCAAGUGGAGAAAAUGUGUGAAAAUAAACGUGCAUUGAAUAUUUUUGUGAUUUUAUUUUCUGUUACUGGUUGAUGACAGAGCAGUGGUAUGAAGUACAAUCAUAGACCUACUGGCAUUGAGCAUCUGAAACAUACAUUUGUAGCAAAAAGAAAGUUUUUGUUUCAUUUUUCCAUGUGACAACCUGAAACAUUAUUUCAUUUUUUAUGUUUGCAUUUUUUUGGGUGUUCAUUUGCACUGAUAUCUCCAAAAUAAAGUACUAAAAUGCU